AUGGACUUCGACGCAUCACCUGCACACAGUAUGCCGACCAGCGGCCAAACGCUCGACAUGUCCUUGAACACGAUCGCACUUGAUCUUGCGAGAGUGAUUGGCUCCCUCUUCCAGACUCCCCAGGGCACCCCAGGUCUCGUCCUGGUCGGUCACUCCAUGGGAGGUAGUGUAGCCGUAGAGGUAGCUUCCCUUCUCACGCGAACAUCACCACCACACGCUGCUGAUGGCUCCUCCCCGUCAACAUCUUACAUCUUGCCUGCAAGCAAGAUUCAAGGAGUAGCAGUGCUGGACGUGGUAGAAGGCACAGCCAUCGCUGCUCUGGACUCUAUGAAGCACAUAAUUCUCUCCUACCCAAGCGGAUUCGAUUCGGUGGAGGACGCAAUCAGGUGGCACGUGGAGAGUGGAACGGUCAUCAAUCCAGACAGCGCAAGACGAAGCGUACCCAGCUUGUUGAAGAAGAAUGGUGGCGUCGCCGACAGCGCAGUGCCGAGUCAGAUGACCGGCAUCGCGGAGGAUGACGAGGAACAACAAGAAGAAGCCGUCGAAGAGCUGUCCGAGUCGGCCGAGCCUGAGCUGCAGCCGGAUGGCACUUCGCUUACGCCAGCGACCACCUCACCCAGCUCCAAGACCUCAAGACGCAAGACACGACCGCCCGCUUGGGUCUGGGUGCACGACCUGUUGGCCACGUCACCCUUUUGGUCAGGCUGGUUCACGGGACUCUCAUCCAAAUUUCUCUCGGUCAGAGCUCCUCGGCUACUGCUAUUGGCUGGAACGGACAGGCUGGACAAGGAGUUGAUGAUUGGUCAGAUGCAAGGCAAGUAUCAACUGGCCGUGUUCCCUGAAGUAGGUCACAGUCUACAAGAGGUAAGUACUCGGUCUUUACAAGCUCCUGAUGAUUUCACACGGCACGGCCAUCCUUCUUCUGGUCAUUGGCGUCAGCACAAGCUCACACUCCCAUUCAACCUUACUCUCUCCAGGACGCACCGGAAAGGACUGCUCAGACCCUCGUAGAAUUUUGGAAAAAGUCCAAUGCACCCCCUCCCAUUUCCAGCUUGUCCAAAUUCAAACCUGGCGUCCUGCCCGGCGCUGCGCCCGCGACGUUUGUUCCUCCGCCGCCCUUUGGGCGUGGCAGCGCUUCUGGAGGCCAAGUUGGUCCCUCUGCGAAGACGUUUGGACCUGCGCAGCGGUGAAUAUAGGGAUGCGCUUUACAGCUCGUGCACCUCCACCUGCGCGUCACGCUUCUCACGCAAAGAUCGCGAUCUCUGCAGAGCAAUGCGGGCCCGCGGUCGUUAGAUUGCUGGUGUCUUGCCGCCAUGGCCGCAUAGCAGCGGGAAGGAACCACCGAUGUAAAGGGGCUCACACGGCCGAGUUUGCGCACCUUGCACCCUGGAAUUGUGUCUCGCUUGGACGAUUGCAAAUCCUCCUCUCUCGUUGGGGGGAUGCCCUCACAAAUGCGAUCACAGGCGUACGCCGUGUUGAACAAAACCGCAUUUGCGGCAGGGGCGAGGUACCGGCAGUGGGGUCAGGCGGAAAGAUCAAAAGACCUCGGUAGGCUCACAGGCGCGGAGUGGUGUAUAUUGGAUCCUCGUCAAAUUACGUGAACGGCAACGACGACCGAACUUCUCCACGGGACAAUACUAACGCGGACGUCGGCAUGACUUUCAGCCAGGCAGGAUGACACCCCAGGCAGGCACAUUGCGAAGACGGUGCGCCGAACCUCUCCGGCCCCGCCCACUGGCUCUUUGAAUUUUCUCUUCGAGCAGACAACAAUUGAUGUGAUGCCACUGGUCGAGCGCGCGGUUGCUGAUACGCCAGAGGGCGUCCAGAAGACGGGCCGCAUUGGAUUCGGGCCGUUCCCUAUGUACAGACGGUUUCGUACCUUGCGCCGUUUGACGAGUCAGGAAGGUCGUUGCCGGCUCAGACACGAAGGCGCAGACAGGAGCAGGGCAUGGAGAUGGCGGCAGGCGGCGUAGCAGCGUUCGCAUGCGCAUGCGGUCUUCCUUCAGGCACUUCAGGCAGGGCGCGUAGAGCGAUCGAGAUCCUAUAAAGAAGGCACAUUGGGCUCCCUUGUCCUCGCACAUCUCUCCUCACCACAAGACCGAAAUCUGAACUCCAAAGCGACUCACAGUCAGUACUCAAUUAUACUCGAAACUCUUGCUGCGCAAGGCUACCAAACACGAUCACCGCAAAGAACUGCCAAACGUGAGUCGACCUCGUGCUUCGCACCUGCUGAAUGCUCCCUGUAGUCUGACACUUGAUAGGCACACCUCAAGUAUCCAUCAGCAUGCAGUUCAUCAAAGUGUCUUGCAUCGUCGCAUCCGUUGCAAUCUCUCUUGCCCUCUUGGGCCCUACUGGCACGAUUGCAGCCCCAGUGGACCCACAGGUUGUUGACGGCUCGGCUGAGCUGGCCGCCCGCGACAAUCUCGUUGCACGUGCCAACACUGCUGGAGGUGAGCAUGGUGAGUUGAGUUUGACGGCGUCCUUCUCUCUUUCGGGCUCCCUUCGAGUCUUUGCGGCCGCAAGCGUCGUGCUUGCCGAGCCUGAUGCAUUGCUCACUUUCCGAUGCUUAGAGCUUCGUGCCUGA